CGACAUUUCCUCUAGACUUUGUUGUCGCCAUACGAGCUGCUGCAGGGCGCAAACUCUACUACUCGCUUUCCCUUCGAUAUAACCUGUAUAUAAGGCAGGUGGGCAAUCUUCCACGACGGGCGAAACCCACGGCACAUUCACAAGUCCCGGCGGACAGCACACCGAACCGCAUUGAGCCUCUCACCAGUCUUUCGCGCAAACACUCGGUGCAGGGAGACUCGACGGAACAUUUCCUUUACAGCAAGCUCCAUAAGAACAUCUGCAAUUCAUGCCCCCGCGCCGACGUCCGCCUCCUGCGGGGGCUCGGACUGACCUCCCACCUUUGAAGAUCGUGCGAAAGAUCGCCCUCCUUCAAAGUGCCUACUACGUAUCUGCGACAGCUCUGAUACUAUUUACCACGAUUGUCUACGGUACUCCGUUUUCGUUCGACCUCGUUCUGAACUGGAAUGCCUUGAGAGGAGAUACCACUGUAGGGUGGAUGCUAGGGUUGGUAUGGAUGUUGAACAGUGGGAUAGGGGUGAUCUAUCUUCUACUUCUCGUGUCGCGCUCGAAACUCAUCCCCGACUUUGCGCUCACGAUACACUUCUUGCACCUAAUCAUCACCGUCUUCUACACUCGCUCCGUGCCCUCGAACUGGCUCUGGUGGGGCCUACAAUGCGCCAGUGCCGCCCUCAUGACGUUUUUGGGGAUCUGGGCGUGUCGGUGGCGGGAACUGCAACCGAUCAGCUUCGGGGGCAUGUCCGGCAGUAACAACACGGGGCGUGCGGCGGGAGGCUCGUCUCAGCCUCAGGCCGAUGGUGCUGGCGAGUCCUUCUCCCUGUCGCGGGGUCGUGGACGGGGCCGCAACCUUCCAGACGGGGGAGAUGAAUAUGAGAUGAGCCUGUUGAAGGGCACGGGUGAUCAGGCUGUGUAGCCUCGAGACGAUCCGGUUGCCUUUCCAUGCUUUUCUGAUGAGUGUGGGGAGAGAGGUGCAUAUGAUUGUCAAUGUAACAUUGAGCGAUUUUCCCGGCACAGUUGUCCUUUCUUCUUUUCUUCAUGUAUACCCUGGCUGGCUGGUACCUGUAUAGAUGGCGUUGCUGUGGUGGUAUUUUUUUUCUCUCGUUUUAUUUUUCCUUCUCUCUGUGUUAUAUAUGUUUACUUCUUCAUGACCUGGAGCCCUCAGUCUGGUUACAGUUUAUAGCAUAUUUGCGGGUAAUAUGGUUUAUAUACUCUUAUUACCCAGAGAUACGGGUCGGGAAAUGCUAGAAAGUUGCC